AUGAUGAAUUUCUUUGGGUCUAAUAAAGUUGCCAGUACUGGGGACAGUGAUAGUAGGAAUGGUGACAGUAUCAACGGUAGUGAUAGUAAUAAUAACGGUAAUAAUAACAAUAACAAUGGCAGUGCCAAUCAUAUAGGAACGACGCUAAGUUCAAACUUAGGAACAGGAUUUUUCCCCAGUUUUACUUCACAAACUGCUACUCCAACAACUGCAGUGAGUCAGAAUUCCUAUGCGAUGGGUACAACUGGUGUUACUUCUGAAAAUGUUUUGAGCCACAUGAAGGCGAUGAAUGAAGGUGGAGAUGCUCCUGGGGCUACUUUCCAAUCUACAACGUCGUCUUCUCAAUUGAGUUCACAGUUUCCCCAGAAUGAUAGUGGAAUGCAGGAAACAAGACUUGCUAAGGGUCAACAACAACAACAACAGCCACCACUUCCACAGCAACAGCAACAACAACGUCAACAUCUAAAUCAAGCACAGGUCCACCAUUUAACGCUGCCAACCGGUGGUGAUAGUACUAGGCUUGGAGGUGCUUCUUCUACGGGCUUGGAAACCGAAGUGCCACUAGGUAGUUUAACAGUUACAAUUGUGGAGGCUAGAAACUUGUUGACCAGGUCCGCCACUGCUCAACCAUACGUGGUUUGUACUUUUGAAAGUUCUGAAUUUAUAUCAGAUGGACCAGAAUCUGUGGACAAUAAACCAUUCCAUGGUAGUGGUUGGCAGCAACCUGGUUUACCUGCAAUUCCAGAAAAUGCAGCAAAACAUAGGCCUCUUUACACACACAGGUCAUCUUCAAACUUAAAUAAAAUGAGAGAGGACGCGGACACUCAGUUGGAACAACAUAGUUCAACCAAUAGUUCAAAUCCAAUGUGGCAUCAUAAGACAACGUUCGACGUUCUAGGGGCCUGUUCUGAAUUAGAGAUUUCCGUUUACGAUGCAGCUCAUGAUGAUAUGUUUUUAGGUCAAGUCAGACUUCGUCCCAGAAUUCAAAACACUCGUAAAGCAUCUCAAAGCCAAUGGCAUGCCUUACAAAAGCGUGUAUUAGAUGAACAUGUUUCUGGUGAUAUUCUAAUCAGUUGGCAAUAUACAUCGACGAAGAAGAGGCAGUAUGGUCCAAGUGACUUUGAAGUUCUAAGACUAUUGGGUAAGGGUACUUUUGGCCAAGUUUACCAAGUCAAAAAGAAAGAUUCUCAGAGAAUUUAUGCCAUGAAAGUUUUAUCAAAGAAAGUUAUCAUUAAAAAGAACGAAAUUGCACACACCAUAGGUGAACGUAACAUUUUAGUUCGUACAGCAUCUCAACUGUGCCCUUUCAUCGUCGGUCUGAAAUUUUCUUUCCAAACUCCUGCAGAUUUAUAUUUGGUUACAGAUUACAUGAGUGGUGGUGAAUUAUUUUGGCACUUACAGAAGGAAGGUAGAUUCUCAGAGGACCGUGCCAAAUUUUACAUCGCAGAAUUGGUAAUGGCAUUGGAAUAUUUGCACGAUAACGAUAUCGUUUACAGAGAUUUGAAACCUGAAAACAUCUUACUAGAUGCCAAUGGUAAUAUUGCGCUUUGCGAUUUUGGACUUUCUAAAGCUGAAUUAAAAGAUCGUACAAAUACCUUUUGCGGUACUACUGAAUAUUUAGCACCUGAGUUGUUGCUAGAUGAAACUGGAUAUACAAAGAUGGUCGACUUUUGGUCAUUGGGUGUUUUAAUAUUCGAAAUGUGUUGUGGUUGGUCUCCCUUCUUUGCUGAAGACAAUCAAAAAAUGUAUCAAAAGAUUGCCUUCGGUAAAGUUAAAUUUCCUCGUGAUGUUCUAUCUCCUGAAGGUCGUUCCUUUGUUAAAGGUUUAUUAAACAGAAAUCCUAAACAUCGUUUGGGAGCUGUCGAUGAUGGUAGAGAAUUACGAGCCCAUCCAUUUUUUGCAGAUAUCGAUUGGGAAGCCCUCAGACAACGUAAAAUACCACCACCAUUCAAACCACACCUAAAUUCGGAUGUAGACACAUCAAACUUCGAUCCUGAAUUUACACAGACUUCAACAUCAUAUUUGAAUAAAAAUGCCCCCAUUGCAGCAACGCCGUUGUCGCCAGCAAUGCAAGCCAAAUUCGCGGGGUUUACCUUUGUUGAUGAGUCUGCCAUGGAUGAACAUUACAAUACUACUUACAACAAUAGGAAAUUUUUACAAAAUUCUUAUUUCAUGGAACCAGGUUCAUUUAUCCCCGGUAAUCCCGAUUUACCGCCAGAUGAAGACGUCAUUGACGACCAAAUCGAUGAUGAUGAUCCCAAUGACGAUUUCAACCAAUCCAAACAUUUACAUGGCGUGGGGCAAGUUGACUACGAAGGUGACCAACACAUGGACGAUGAGUUUGUCAGUGGUAGAUUCGAGAUAUAG